UCCCGCAGCUGCUGCGUUUGUCCGGUCAGCCUCUCUGAGAGCUUCUGCUCCUCUCACUCACUCCCUCACUGCUCCUGCUGAAGCAGAUUCCAUCAGAAUGGAGAGUUGUUCCCAGUCUGUAAACGGUGACACCAAGGCUGAAGUGACCCAUGACCUCACCGAGGAUCUGAGUCAGCAGCUGGAGGACAUUAUCAGCACCUAUCACGUGAGCGAACAGCCAGGUGAGGCCGAGGAUGCUGAGGAAGAGGCCGUCCCAGACAAGAACAAAGACCAGAAAAUGGAGAAGAAGAUGCUUAAAGGCCUCGGGAAGGAAGCCAUGCUGCUCAUGCAGAGCCUGAAUAAACUCGGAAGCCCUGAGCAGAAACUGGAGGCUUUCAUUAAAAAACAUGCUGAACUGUUGGAGGAGCACCGCUCGGACCAGAAACAGCUGAAGGUCCUGCAGAAGAAACUUCUCCAGGUGCUGAAGGAGAAGGAUCAGCUUCAGAGCGAACACAGCCGAGCCGUUCUGGCCCGCAGCAAACUAGAAGGCCUGUGCAGAGAGCUGCAAAGACACAACAAAACACUAAAGGAGGAAACUCUACAGCGGUGUCGUGAAGAUGAUCUGAAGCGGAAGGAAAUCACCACACAUUUCCAGAGCACUCUGACGGACAUCCAGGCCCAGAUCGAGGAGCACAACAGCCGAAACAACAAACUGUGCCAGGAGAACAGCGACCUGGCUGAGAAACUCAAGGACCUCAUAUCUAAAUAUGACCAGCGAGAGGCGAAUCUUGAAAAAGUGUUCAAGCACAGAGACCUGCAGCAGAAAUUAUUGGAGACAAAACUCACACAGGCCAACAUGAUGCUCAAAGAUGCUGAGGAGAGACACAAGCUGAAGAAGGAACAUUUACUGAAGCAUACUGCAGAGGCCAAAAUACAGGUUAAAAUCCUGAAAGAACAAGAGACUGACAUAAAGGCUCAGCUUGCUGUAUAUUCUGAGAAGUUUGAUGAAUUCCAAGGAACGGUGUCUAAGAGCCACAAUGUGUAUGCCAGCUUCAAACAGGACAUGGACAAGAUGGCAAAGAAGAUGAAAAAGUUGGAGAAGGAGGCAACGGCCUGGAAAUCCCGUUUUGAUGGCUGCAAUAAAGCUCUCAUUGAUAUGGUUGCAGAUAAAGCGCUGAAGGAGAAGGAGUUUGAACUCAUCACGCUGAAGACCCAGAAACUGGAGAAUCUCUGUAGAGCACUUCAGGAUGAGAGGAAAACCCUGUAUCAGAAGCUCCACGGGUCCCAACAGCCUGGAGCCGAAGACUCAGCUGCUACUGAGCCAAUCACUACUGCGGAAACUACAGAGGAAGUUGCAGUACCUAAAGAGGAAGUAACAGUCUCAAUAGAAGCGGUCACUCAAGAUCCAAACGCCCCCAUUGAACCAACCUGUCAGUCUCCCGCAGAUGCGACGCCGCUGACCAAAGAGCUCGCCAACCUGAAGGCAGAGAAAGCUCGGCUACAGGAACUCUCGACAGCGUUCACCAUCCGCCGCCACAUGCCUCCAGAGGCCUACGAGGACUCGAACAGCUGUGCCGAGAGCACAGAUGCCACUGAGGGGGAGCAACAGGUCGACACGGAGUUCAGCUUCACAGAGGAGACGGUCACAGACACACUGUCUGAAGAACAUCAAGAGCUCAGAGACAAAGACAUGCAGUUGGUGGAUUAGACAGACUGAUCUCAAUGUCAUUUUGUCACAUUCACAAAUAAACUUUAUACAACUACAUCCAUGUGUAUCCUGCUUGUUUGAACUUUGACACCAUGCAUUCAUGUAUGGAGCCAGAAUUAUCUCAAUAAUAAUUCACGCAAAAGACGCGAUGCACACAUGCGUAACCCAAUUCACAUACAUGAGAAAUAAUUCACGUGCACGAAAAAAAUAUAUAUAUUCACAAAAACCAAUUCACAUGCACAAAAUAAGA